CCCAUCCCGGCUCAAAUUCAAAUCCACCUCGCCCCCCCCUACUUCCCCGGUUCCCCCUCUCCCCAACGUCUCUCUCUCUCGUCACUCUCUCGCUCUCACUCUCACUCUCACUCUCUCUCCGCCCGCGGUCUCCGCAGGCUGCAGCCAUGAGGUCGCUCUUCUCGCGGCACGCGCGCCCCCCCACCACGCCGCCGCCCCCUUCCUUCUACGGCGGCGGCGAAACCCCGCCGCGGCGCCGCACCCCUAAGGAGAACGUAGACCCCUCCUCCUCCUCCUCCCCGGCGCACCACCACCACUCCACCCCUGACCGCGCCGCCUCCCCAUUCCGCUCCCCGUCCUCCGCCGCCAAGCCGCUCUCCGCCCGCAACCGCCUCCCCCCGCGCCCGCCGUCCGGGAACCCGCUCAAGCGCAAGCUCGACGUCUCCUCCACGGCUGGGGCCGCGGGCCCGGCGCACGACGCGGCGCCCGCGCCCGACUCCGGCGUCCAGGUAGUGGUGAGGAUACGGCCGCCGUGCCGGCUGCAGGAGGAGGAUGCAGGCGAGGAUGGGCGGGGGCCGGAUGCCUGCGUGCGCAAGACGGCGGCCAACUCGGUCGCGAUCCAUGGGCAGGACUUCACGUUCGAUGCGGUGGCCGACGCGGUCUCCACGCAGGAGGAUAUCUUUAAGCUUGUUGGGCUGCCACUUGUUGAAAAUUGCUUAUCGGGCUUCAACAGCUCAAUAUUUGCCUACGGACAGACUGGCAGUGGAAAAACCUACACUAUGUGGGGGCCUCUGUCUGCGCUGUCAGAAGAUUCAAUGAGCAGCGAGAGGGGACUGACACCCCACGUAUUUGAGCAGUUGUUCUCCCGCAUUAAAGAAGAACAAGUUAAACAUGCGGAUAAAGAGCUAACUUACAAUUGCGUCUGCUCUUUUGUUGAGAUCUACAACGAACAUAUAACUGAUUUGCUAGAUCCGUUGCAAAAGAAUCUUCAGAUUAGGGAGGAUGUCAGAACUGCUUGUGUUUAUGUUGAAUCAUUGACAAAGGAGUUGGUUUUCUCUAUGAAGGAUGUAACUCAGUUGCUGGUGAAGGGCCUGGCAAAUCGAAAGACUGGGGCAACGAGUGCAAAUGCAGACAGCUCACGCUCGCAUUGUGUUUUCACGUGUGUCAUUAAGUCUGAAUUGAAGAAUCCUGAGGAUGGAUCAAGCAGCACAAGAUCAAGCAAGAUAAACUUAGUAGAUCUUGCUGGAUCAGAGAGCCAAAAACUAACAAAUGCAGUUGGAGAUCGUCUAAAAGAAGCUGGAAAUAUAAAUCGCUCACUUUCACAGCUUGGAAAUUUGAUUAAUAUACUGGCAGAAAUAUCGCAGUCUGGAAAGCAAAGGCACCAUGUUCCCUAUCGCGAUUCCAAGCUGACAUUUCUGUUACAAGAAUCCCUGGGAGGCAAUGCAAAGCUUGCAAUGAUAUGUGCUGUAUCGCCUUCUCAAAGCUGUAAGAGUGAAACUUUAAGCACUCUUAGAUUUGCUCAACGUGCUAAAGCUAUAAAAAACAAUGCUGUUAUUAAUGAAGAAAAAGUCGAAGAUGUAAAUGUGCUGCGUGAGCAAAUCAGGCAAUUGAAGGACGAACUGCAACGAAUGAAGUCUAAUGGAGGCUUAGAAGGAAACAAUGGCAGUUUCUCCACUGGAUGGAAUGCUAGGCGGAGUUUGCAUCUGCUGAAAAUGAGCUUGAGUCGGCCUACAACAUUCCAAGCUAUCAAAGAAGACAGUGAUGAGGAAAUGGAAAUUGAUGAGAAUGACGUUGAGAAGCCCUACAAUGCUGUAAAUACAGUAACAUCUCCUAUUGGAGAUAAAGAAUCUAAAGGGCUAAAAGCUUCAAUGGAGAUAAGUGCUCUUGACGGGGAUAAGAAUUUGAUACCCACAAAAAGGUCCUGCUCUGAUGCUAAUAAAUUUAGCACUGAUACUGAUGGUGGAGAUUGCAGGUGCAAGUUAAACCUUGCUGCCAGUAUACAGAGGGGACUUCAAGUCAUUGAAAGUCAUCAAAACAAUGGUGCGUGGAGGAGAGCAUCGAUUGGCUUAAAUGCUAGAAUCAUGGACGUUCAGCCUUGCAAGGUUGAUGUAGCAAUUCAGACUGAUCCUGAAGGAUCUGAAGCCAGAGAUAAUGCUCUAGCUCUAAUCCCUAGUUGUCUGCUUGAAGCUUCUGCAAAUGCGAGUAGGGAUCCCAAUGCUUGCAGGGAGCUACGAUUGGUACCAGCUGAUGGAGCAGUACCUUCUGAUGAACAAAAACAGCAACACAUACUGAAAGCUGUGGAGAAGGUCCUGGCUGGAACUAUCAGGCGAGAGAUGGCACGUGAUGAACAGUGUGCAAAGCAGGCUGCAGAAAUUAGACAACUAAAUCGUCUGGUGCAACAAUAUAAGCAUGAACGUGAAUGCAAUGCUGUAAUUAUACAAACACUGGAAGGAAAAAUUGCUAGGCUUGAAAGUCUUAUGGAUGGAACUUUACCAACUGAAGAAUUCAUGAAUGAAGAGUAUCUAUCACUUAUGAAUGAGCAUAAGAUCCUCCAAAAGAAAUAUGAUAACCAUCCUGAAGUUUUACAUGCUGAAAUUGAGCUAAAGAGACUCCAGGAGGAAUUGGACAUGUUCAGGAAUUCCGUGGAUGAGAAAGAAAUUAUGCAGGAGGAGAUACAGGAUCUGAAAAAUCAAUUGCAUUGUAUGCUUUCAUCAUCCUCAUCAAUUCGUAAACUGUGGCCUCCGCCGCGAUUGUCUCAGGGAACUAAUUCUUCACCUGGAAGAAAAGAUAAAUAUGGUGAUACUAAUGUUGGGGAUGCUCCCGAUUGGAUUGAAACUGAGAGUAAAUGGAUUACACUCACAGACGAGCUUAGAGUUGAACUCGAAGCAAAUAAAUCUCUGGUUGGAAGGUUGCAUUCAGAAUUGGAUUCUGAGAAGAAAUGCUCAGAGGAACUGAAGGAGGCAUUACAAACAGCAAUGCAGGGACAUGCAAGAAUCUUGGAACAGUAUGCUGAACUUCAAGAAAAGCAUAUUAGUCUGCUUGCACUGCAUAGGAGGAUGCGUGAAGGUGUUGAUGAUUUGAAGAUGAGAGCAGCAAAAGCUGGUGUCAAUGGUGCUGAAUUAUGGUUCAUCAAUUCCCUUUCUGCUGAAAUCUCAGUUCUUAGAGCUGAAAAUGAAGGCCUUAAGGUCCAGCUAAGGGAUACUGCUGAAGCUGUUCAGGCAGCUGGUGAAUUACUUGUACGAUUGAAGGACGCAGAGGAAGCCGAAGCACUAGCCAAGAGGCGGACUUUGUUAGCAGAGCAGGAGACGGAGAAAGCCUAUCAGGAGAUUGACAACUUGAAAAAGAAUUAUGAUCAGGAAAUCCUUGCCUCGAACCAGCGUCUCCCUGAAUCCUCUCAGCACAAGGAAGUUAUACAGCAAGCUGAUCCUAGCGAUCUUGAGCCUGCUAGGUAUGACACAGCUAGGAGCCCCGGGGACCAGCAGUGGCGGGAGGAGUUCAGCACCUUACAACAGGGCGGAUCAUUUGAGGUCUCCAGGAGCUCGGACCUCAACUCGUGGUUUUACGGAUAUGACAAAUGUAACAUUUGACGAUGCAAUGCUUAAUUCGUUCAGUCCUAGUUUCACCACUGAAAGGUGGUAGUAUAAUAUUGUACACCUAGUAAGCAGAGGGGAAGGGCACCACUGAAGGUGUUGUGCCUCACCAUCUUGUGAGGUGCGCACAGAUUCUUCAGAUCCUCGAAAGGGUUGUAUUCUGUCUUGUAAAUUCAGAUGGACGAUUUUACAUUACAAGAGAGCAACAGCGAUGUUCUGUUACUGUAACCUUGCCAAUAAGACCCUAUUUGUUUGCCCCUGGGGGGAACAAACAGGGCCUAAGUGCAAAUUGUGCGGUAAGGUAUGGUUGGUCAUGGUUCAGCGUCUCGCCAGACAUCUUGCACGUUGCAGCUAUUCUCGUGCAUGUACAGGUCAGGAAUUCUUGACCCCCUUUUCGUUUCUGGUGCACAUCAUCGGAACUGUUCCCCGGUCCUGGUAGCAUGUAAUGAACUAGUUCAAUUUAUUUUUCCUACCAGCUGGAAUAUUUUGCAAACUUCAUAGUU